GCAAUCUCUGGAUAGGUGGUUGCCAUGGAUUCCUGGGUCACAUGCGUGGGUUUCCUAGCCAGAAGCAGCAGAAGAUGUUCGGACCAAAAAUCCAGAGCCAUUUUCAUUCAAGAAAAAGAGAGGAUCCGCUGUGGAGGGCUUGCUGAGCGGGUGGUCUGACUACACACCCGUCUGCUGAUUUCGGCAUCUUUUAAAAAAAAGCCAACCAAAAAACACGACGGGAAGAAAACCUGAUCUGGGUGCUUUUGAAUCACUGAAAUUCGCAGCAAACCGGUUUUGUCCAUAUCCAUAGACUGAUAACAGGAAUGAGUAUAGAAAUUCCUGAAGGACUGACGGAGCUGUUACAGAGCUUUACCGUGGAAGUGUUGAGGAAUCAGCCCAGGGACUUGCUCGAGUUUGCGCUACAGUAUUUCACCCAGCUUAAGGAGAACGAGACCAAAGAGGCCUCAUUUGGCAAUGACCAAAAUUCGGCCCCGAGACUUGGGAAAGCGGUCAAUUUCAUUGACGAAGCCAUGCAGAUCGAUUCGGAAAACGGAGAGGAGGACGACGACGAUGACGAGGAAUUCAUAGCCCCUGUGAUAAACAGAUUCAUCCGAAGAGCAUCAGUGUGUGCUGAAGCAUUCAAUCCUGAUGAAGAUGAUGAGGAUAAAGAGCCAAGGGUCACUCACCCCAAAACUGACGAGCAGAGACAGAGACUACAGGAAGCAUGUAGGGACAUUCUUCUGUUCAAGAAUUUGGAUCCAGAAGAGAUGUCUCAGGUGCUGGAUGCCAUGUUCGAGAAGUUCUGCACGGAAGGGGAACAUAUCAUUGAUCAAGAUGAUGACGGGGACAACUUCUACGUUAUCGAAAGUGGCACGUUUAACAUUUUCGUGAAGGUUGAUGGCACGGAAAAGUUGGUGGGCUGCUAUGACAACCGAGGCAGCUUUGGAGAACUGGCGCUGAUGUACAACACCCCCAGGGCGGCCACAAUAAUCGCCACUUCACCUGGAGCCCUUUGGUGCCUAGAUCGUCUGACAUUCAGGAGGAUCAUAGUGAAAAACAAUGCCAAGAAGAGGAAGCUGUAUGAGGCAUUCAUUGAAACUCUACCCCUGCUUACAUCUUUAGAGGUGUCAGAGAGAAUGAAGGUAGUUGACGUGCUAUCCACCAGGGUGUACAGCGACUCGCAGCAGAUCAUUGCUCAGGGUGAUUUAGCGGAUUGCUUCUACAUUGUCGAAUCUGGCCAGGUUAGAAUCACUAUGAAGAGAAGUCGGUGUUAG